GGGCGCUAGUAUCGCGGUGCAUGCUGGGAUCCAAGGCAGCCAAUGGGAUUGCUUCAAUCGAAUCUCGCCUCUCUCCUUCUCCCCCUCUCCAUCAUCGCUCUACUCAUAUGGUCUUUCUCUGGCGACUCUUCAGUUUGUCACUGGAUGGUGACAGGGACGGUGGUGCGUUUGCCGUCCUCACUGGAAUCUGACAACUGACCUUCGCCCCCCAACCGGGAAAGGAAAAGCGAGUGCACCCUGCAGCCUGCGCCUGCACCGGUGUGGUCUGUCAACCUGAACAACCACCAUGCAUAUGACAUUCUGGUUCUCUCCAGAUCUGGGGAAUUUUUUGUUUGACGGUUAUGUUGUCCAGACUACUCGAGCAUUUAUCGCAACUUGUGCUGGAUUAGGUGCUAUGGCUGUUUUACUAGAGUUUUUUAAAUUUUGGAAGAUGAAUUCCAAGAAGAAAAUAGCCUUUAGUCAAAUGUCUAAUGGACAUAAUGGAGGAAGUGAGACGUCUGCCCUCCUGACUGGAUCACAACUGAAAACAAAUGUGGAAAGGAUCCUGAAUGUUGGCACCGAAGUUUUGGUGUACUUUACCCAAGAAUCCCUCAACUGGAUUGUUAUGCUGGCUAUCAUGGGAUAUAAUGGAUACAUUUUCCUAUCAGUCUUGAUGGGGGCAGGGCUGGGUUAUGCUAUUUUUGGUGAAUCUAUGGCUCAUGCUAAAAUACAAAGUGUAAAAAUGAAAGCUGCUAUGAUAGCUUGUGGUGAUUGUCAAAUCAAAGAUGAAUUAGAAGACAGUAACCCAGGACAGUCAGAUCCUCCAAGCAACACCCCUCCGAUACCCUCAUUUUCAGGUUCCAUCAGUCGCAAUGAACCUCAGGUUUGAAACAAGAACUUCUAUGAAUGAUUCGAAAGUCACACUGACUUUAAUUUUGCUUUAAUGUUUGUAGUGGGUCAUAGUAACUUUUGAAUCUUCUCUUGAAUCAUGUCUGGAUGAGUGCCAAAGCUAUUCUCUUGGGGAAUCCCUUCUCUCAGGUUUAUGACCUCGUUAACUUUUUAUACUUUUUUAAGGAAAAAGGAAAUUUAUUUCCUUCUCUCAUAUUGUAACAGUAAACUGUGAUUCUAAAUACUUUACAACCAUUAAUUAGGUUUGUAUAUCGGUAUGAAUUUUUUUUUUCAAUCUAAUCUAGUUUUGUAGGAUAGUAUUUUCCUUUGUUAUAAUCUCAAAUGAAAUGUUUUUAUAUAUGUUGCGUGAAGUUUUUAAAACUGAAAAUUCUAAGCUAGUCACUUUUGUUCUCGGGCCUCUUUACUCAGAUAAACUUGAUCUUGGAGAAAGUUGGUUUCCGAGAUUGUGAUUUUUCUGCCCUUCCCUGUGUCAAAGGCCUAUUUAAGCCUGUUAGAACAACUCUGUGGAACAGGGAGGAAUUAAAUGAUAAUUUGUAUGAAAUAUUUGUAAUAAACAAGGAACAGUACAAUA